GUGUCCGAUACAUCUCUUCGGUCUGAAACUACGAUAACACCUCGGAUGUCAUCACGGUUGGCAAAGAAGAUCCAUCCUUUUAUUUUUACAAAAAGUCGAGACAUCUAUCCAUACUUAGCUUCCAAGGAUUCCUUGGACUCGGUCGAGUCAUCACAAGAGGAGCACAGUGGCACAGGGUGCUCGACACUUUCAGCAUCUACUCUCAAGAAGAAGAUAGGCCCUCUGCGUAAAACCAGUCUUGCAGAUGAUGGUGUAAAGGCUGCCCUUAUGGAAGAGUGGGCAAAUCUUCGCAUGUCUCAAGGAACACUGCUAUCAAGUACGAGUGCAGGUACGGAUACAACGUCGCAUCUAUCGAGCAAAUGUGGAAGCCAUGAACCCUGCAACAAAGCAGAGAUGCCAUCCGGUGAAGUGGCUGAACCCAAUGAACCACACCCCACCCCAACCAACGACCACAUAAAACAAGAUUCCGGCUCCUUGUCUAACCAAGUGACUGAGCCACACCCAGACUCGGACGUGCCUGCUACAAAUGAAUUGCCAUUCACUCCCCCGCUCCCGCUGGAUGGGGAAUCUGUCCUACAAUAUAGUUUAUCAGAUUGUGACUUAAGGUAUCCGAGCUCGUCACCGGAGAAUAUUCAUCCAGCGGUUGAGGAUAUGGCUCCAUCGCAGCAUGUUAAUGAGGAGACAACGGAAACAACAGCCAAGGCUUCACAUACGCCUGUCAUCGGUUCUCUAGAGGUUGUGAAUCAGCCUUCACAACUACUUGCUACUGACCGUAAAAUUACGACGUUGCAUCUCACCAGUAGUCCUAUACUGCCAAAGCUUGAGAUCCUCCCAGAGACCACGAUUUUGGCUGGACCUGCUGCCCCUGUCGAACAUGAAGAAUCCUCGACUAGAGCUUCUCCUGCCGUCGAUAUCGAGCACGUUGUUUCAUCUCAAGCCGAUAUCGAGGAUGUUGUUUGGGGUUUUCACAUGCUGGACCUGCAUGAGGUGCUUUCGCCAUGGGUACCAAUGUCUCCCGCAGCGCCAUCUGUUUACGUCCCACCUGCUGUGCAGCACUUAAUCGCCGCCAUGAAACGUCAACUAGAAAUUGAAUGUCAGGCUCGAAAACGUGCUGAAGAACUUUAUCUAGAUGAAAUGCGCUUGCGCAUUCAGAUGGAAGAAAUGGUUGAUAGGUUACAGAGGGAACGGGGACGAGGUACAUCUCAGCAACAUCCCUCAGUGCAUGCUUCACCGCGUGCGACUUCGGUGCACGCAAGUCCAGAAGGAGCUGGGCAGCGGGAUGGUGGAGCCGAACCAAUACCCAUUGAUACCACUUAUCCGAAUGCCACUACGGAAGAUUCUUGUGCUUAGGCAUCAAGCCAUUACACCACUCAACUUGCUUUCGAUUUGAUUCCAUUGUUGUAUUCCUGCUUUGUCGCAAUCUAUACUAACUCUAGUGUAAUGUCUCUCGUACGGAUCUCAAGUGCUAUUCUUAAGUCGCGUUGAACAUGCAUACUAUU